CUUCCUUUUAUCUUUUAACAACUGAUCAUGCUCCUUUCUCUCUCAUCUCUCUUCUUCAUCCCUGGCUCCCCCUGUUCUUCAUCAUCAACCACCUAAUUAAUUAUCAAGAACAAAGAUGAACCAGUGCGUACCCAGCUGGGGAUUCAAUGGAGGAACUUCAGCAGCUACUCGUCGUGCUCAAGUCAAUUCCAAUCUAUUUAUCCCCCAUGUUCCAUCCAUGCUUGACGAGGGUCACGAAGUGGCGGCAGAGAUUAUAUGGGAAAAAGGUGAGUUAGUCUUGCAAGGUCUCACCGAGCCUACGAAAACGAUGCCAAUACUAUUGCCUUCGCCGGAGAACAAUUUCAGAUACGCGUUUGAUAAGCCACGUGCCGGCGGAACUCUGGAAUCCGUCGUCAAUCAAGUCACGCAGCCCAUUCCCCAAAAGCUUAUGGCCAAAGCUCCGGUGGUCACUGAUAAUAAUCUAUUUCCGUGGUUCUACGCUCCUCCUGCUCCUGCUCCUGUUCCUGCUCCUGCAAACUUGACCACCAUGGACGCACUCGUCCCCUGUUCUGCGGUUCAAGUGCCCACUGCCGGAUGUUCCGCCGGUGUGGGAUCUUGCAGCGGGAAGGGAAAUAGGGAGGUGAGAAAGCGCCGGAGGAGUGAAAGUCGAGAGGAAUCGUCGGCGGCGCGUGUGCCCUCAUCGGAGUGUAGCGACUCGUUUGACUGGGAAAGCGGAGAGGUUAGUCUCGACACAUCCGAGACCGAGACCGAGAGGGAGACUGGCACGUGGGGUCUCACUUCGACUUCCAUGACCUGUGGCUCGCCGGAAAACACCAGCUUUGCUGAUCAGAAUUGCAGCACCGACGAAUACGACUCAGCUUGCCAAAGUAGAACCCAGGUUAAAAGGAGUAGAAGAGUUGAAAAGUUGAAGAAAUCAUCAAUAUCCAGUCAAAGGAGUACGACUGCUUCAUCAACCCAGAACCAAUCAGAUCAAAGGAGAAGAGAUAAGAUCAAACAGAGGAUGGUGACACUGCAGAAAAUGGUCCCAAAUUCUAACAAGAUCGAUAAAGUAGCUGUAUUGGAUGAAGUAAUUGAACAUUUAAAGCAAUUACAAAGUCAAGUUGAGAUGAUGAAUAGAAUGAACAUGGUGGUGGCAGCACCAACAAUGCAUCAAAUGAUGUUGAAUAUGAUGAUGGGACCAACAGGCUUCAUGGGCAUGGGACCAGCAGCAGGUUACAUGGGUAUGGGCGUGGGCAUGGGUCUUGACCCAACAAACGCGUUCCCACGCCCCAACAUGACCUCCUCCGUCCCCACCCGACCCCCUUCACUCUUAGACUUUAUGAACAUGACAACUUCUCCUUUUCUCAUGCACCAGCAGCAACCAGAUCCCAUGUCAAUGUUUAUGGCCUACCAAUCACAGCAAUUGACUACAAUGGAGGGGUAUGGAAGGAUGGCUGCUUUCUUCAACCAGACUCAACUACCUCCUCCUCCUCAUGGCCAACUUAAAAGACCUAGCUAGCUAGCUGCUAGCUAGUUUAAUCGAUUGAUCGAUCGGUUUGUCGAUAUUACUUAUAGUUGUAUUUGAAUAUUAUCUACUCCAAAAACAAUAUUACUACUAUACAUACCAUCAAUAUUAUUAAUAAUGUUUUACAAGUA